GUUUCCCAGCCGUCCCCCUCCAGCGCCUUCGCCGAAGGCGCCUUUGACUCCUGCAAGAAUGUCCGGAUCCCCGCCACCGGAGGGUACGCCAUUUCCACCAUGUGUGGGCGCUACGGCCACAAGCUGUGCACGGCCCAGCGUUGGUACGACUUCCAGGGUGACUCCAGUAACGGCCUGGCCCCGCUCGACAUCGACUUCAGCCUGGUGAAGGAGGGCGAGACCGAGGGGAUACCCAACGGCGUCGUUCCCUACGACGGGGAAUCUCUCAGGUGCAACAAGACCACACCAACCGGAGGUAUUGCCUGCUCCUGCCAGGACUGCCAGAGCUCUUGUCCGAGUGUGCCUCCCCCGCCGCCACCCGUUGCUCCCUUCCGCUUGUUGGGGACAGACGGCUUCUUGGUCAUCUCCGUUAUUUUACUCUGUCUCCUGAUACUCACCUUUCUCCUGUACCUCGCCAUGUCCUACUGGGUGAGCUCUCGGAGGAAACACGAUCAAGAGGGAGGGCAGAGAAAGAAGAAAGGCAAGAACAGCAACGACGUUAGCGAGCUGGUGGUCCAUCCGUCGCAGGUGACCUGCGCCGAGAAGAACAGCCUGGCAGCCCAAGCUCUGCUGAGCUCAGGAUUCAGGAACUGGGGAACCGCCAUGGCCACCUAUCCCCUGACAGUGCUCCUGUUCUCGGCCAUCAUUGUGGCCAUUUUCUCUGCCGGCCUCAAGUCCAUCGAGCUCACCACCGACCCAGUGGAGCUGUGGUCCUCCCCCAACAGCCGCGCCCGUCAGGAGAAGGACUUCCACGACAGGAACUUUGGGCCAUUUUUCCGGACCAACCAGCUGAUCCUGACGGCCCCCGACAGAACGGGCCACGUUUAUGAAUCCCUGCUGUUCGGACGACUGAACCUGAGCGAAGUUCUAUCCAAGGACCUCAUCCUAGAGCUCCUGGCACUCCAGCAACGAAUACAGAACAUCGAGUUUUGGUCGGAAGACCUGAACCGCACGGCAAGUUUGAAGGACGUCUGCUUCGCUCCGCUGAAUCCAUCCGAGCCCUCGCUGAGCGACUGUGCCGUCAACAGUUUGCCGCAGUACUUCCAGAACAGCGUGGACAACAUCAAUAAGAAGGUGAACAUGACGGAGCUGGGUGUGACCAAGGAGGUGGACUGGAGGGACCACCUCUUCUACUGCCUCAACUCCCCCCUCUCCUUCAAGGACAUCACCGACUUAGAUCUGAGCUGCAUGGCGGACUACGGCGCUCCGGUCUUCCCCUUCUUAGCUGUGGGCGGCUACGAGGGUGACGACUAUACAAACGCUAAGGCUUUGAUCGCGACCUUCUCCCUCAAUAACUACGCCCGCAACGACUCCAAAUUUAAAGUGGCCAUGCAGUGGGAGAAAGAAUUUCUCAAAAUUGUCCAAGAAUACCAGAAGAGCCCGGACAGCAAUUUCACCUUUGCGUACAUGGCAGAGAGAUCUUUGGAGGAUGAGAUUAAUCGGACAACCGCCGAGGACAUCCCGAUCUUCAUGAUCAGCUACGCUGUCAUCUUCGUCUACAUUGCUGUGGCCCUGGGGGAGUACUCUUCGUGGAAACGCAUACUGGUGGACUCCAAGUUCCUGGUGGGUCUGGGUGGGAUUCUGGUGGUGGGCUGUUCCGUACUGGCCUCCAUGGGCUUCUACUCCUGGAUCGGCAUCCCUUCUUCACUGGUCAUCCUGCAGGUGGUGCCGUUCCUGGUUCUUGCUGUAGGCGCCGACAACAUCUUUAUCUUCGUCUUGGAGUAUCAGAGGGACGUGAGGAGGCACGGAGAAAAACGGGAGGAGCAGAUUGGCCGCGUCCUUGGAAACGUCGCUCCCAGCAUGCUGCUGUGCAGUCUGUCGGAGUCCGUCUGCUUCUUCUUAGGGGCUCUGUCCACCAUGCCGGCCGUCAAGUCUUUCGCCCUGUACGCCGCCCUGGCGGUCCUCAUGGACUUCGUCCUCCAGAUCACCGCCUUCGUGGCGCUGCUGUCGCUGGAUGCGAGGCGGCAGGACAGCAACCGAUAUGAACUGUUCUGCUGCGUCAAAGUUUCCGCUCCGCAUAAGCCGAGCGAGGGUUUUCUGCUGCCGUUCAUGAGGAAGUACUACGCCCCCGUCCUACUGCACAGAUACACCCGGAUCCUAGUGAUGUUGGCCUUCAUCUUCAUGUUCUGCGCUUCCAUCUUCCUCAUUUUCAACGUCAAGGUCGGACUGGAUCAGGAGCUAGCCAUGCCGCAGGAUUCGUACAUGUUGGACUAUUUCAAGUACCUGUACAAGUACUUCGAGGUCGGAGCCCCCGUUUACUUCGUGACGAAGCGGGGCUACGACUUCACCACGGUGGAAGGCAUGGACGGCAUCUGCUCCAGCGUGGGCUGCGACCAGUUCUCUCUCACCCAGAAGAUCCAGUACGCCACCGAUUACGCUGACAAGUCCUACCUGGGCAUUCCCUCCAACUCCUGGGUGGACGACUUUAUUGACUGGUUGAAUCCCGGCUCCAAGUGCUGUCGUCUGUACUCCUUCGGACCAAACGCCGGGAAGUUCUGUCCCGCGAGUGAACCCUCCUUCCUGUGUCUUGAGAAAUGCGUUCCCCCUCCGCCCGACGGCGUCCUCAGGCCCACCGUUGAGCAGUUCAACCGCUUCCUCCCCGACUUUCUGGGCAAUAGGCCGGACCUACAGUGUCCCAAAGGGGGUCUCGGAGCCUACGACACCGCCGUGGUCCGAGAUGGGAGCGGAGAAAUUAUAGCCUCCCGCUUCAUGGCGUACCACACUCCUCUGACCAAUUCCCAGGAGUUCACGGCUGCACUGAUCAAGUCCAGAGAACUGGCCCUCAACAUCACCCGGGGCAUGAGGCAAAUACCGGGCACCUCCCCCGACUUCGAGGUCUUCCCGUACACGCUAACCAACGUGUUCUAUGAGCAGUACCUAACCAUCGUACCCGAGGGCCUCUUCAACAUCUCCCUGUGUCUGCUGCCCACGUUCGUGGUGUGCUGUCUCCUGCUGGGCAUGGACAUCCGCUCCGGGCUGCUCAACCUGCUGACCAUCGUCAUGAUCGUGGUGGACACCGUGGGGGUCAUGACCCUGUGGAGCAUCGACUACAACGCCGUGGCGCUCAUCAACUUGGUCACGGCGGUGGGAAUCUCCGUGGAGUUCGUGUCGCACAUGACGAGAUCGUUCGCCCUCAGCACCAGGAGGACCCGCGUGGAGCGGGCUAUGGAGGCCACGGCCAACAUGGGCAGUGCCGUUUUUGCCGGCGUUGCGAUGACCAACCUCCCGGGGAUCCUGGUACUAGCUCUAGCCAAAGCCCAGCUGAUCCAGAUUUUCUUCUUCCGACUGAACCUCGUCAUCACGCUGCUGGGGAUGGCUCACGGACUCAUAUUCCUCCCUGUGCUGCUCAGCUACUUCGGUAUCGGAACCGUCGGCAGUUUAGUUGAAAAUAAUGCUAUACUCGCAGGAAUUGAAGAAAGACGCCGAUACUUUUUUUUUUAGUUUUCAUAGCCAUCUGCUGCCACUUAGUGGAG